AUGAUUGCCCCGCUGGUCUUCGUGGUUGGCUUGAGUAUGGCUAAAGAAGCUCUCGAGGACUGGCGGAGGUUUAUACAGGAUAUGAAGGUCAACUUGCGAAAAGCUAAAGUACACAAGAAAGAAGGCAUGUUUGUUCCUAAACCGUGGAUGAAGCUUCGUGUUGGAGAUAUAGUGAAAGUCGAGAAGGAUCAGUUCUUUCCUGCAGAUUUGCUGCUUUUGUCCUCGAGUUAUGAAGAUGGGAUUUGUUAUGUUGAGACAAUGAAUUUAGAUGGGGAGACGAAUUUGAAGGUUAAGCGAGCCCUCGAGACGACUUUACCCCUCGGCGAUGAUUCGACUUUUAAAGAAUUUCAUGCAGCCAUUCGUUGUGAAGAUCCGAAUCCUAAUCUGUACACUUUUGUGGGCAAGCUCGAAUAUGGUAGCCUCGUCUAUCCACUCGAUCCUAGUCAGAUUCUGCUCAGGGACUCGAAGCUUCGUAACACGGCCUACAUUUAUGGAGUGGUGAUAUUCACCGGACAUGAUACGAAGGUUAUGCAGAACGCUACGAAAUCACCUUCGAAAAGGAGUAGGAUAGAGAAGCAAAUGGACAAAAUAAUAUACAUCCUUUUCAGUCUUCUAGUAUUUAUCUCGUUCAUAAGCAGCGUCGGUUUUAUCGUGAAGACUAAAUAUGAUCUGCCAAAGUGGUGGUAUUUACAGGUCCCAGACAAUGAAGGUCUGUUCAAUCCUAGGAAUCCGCUAAGGUCGGGAUUUUAUCAUCUCAUCACUGCUCUAAUGUUGUAUGGGUAUUUGAUACCAAUAUCCCUCUACGUGUCGAUUGAAGUCGUGAAAGUCCUUCAAGCUUUGUUCAUAAACCAGGAUAUUCAUAUGUAUGACGAAGAGACUGGGACUCGUGCUUCAGCACGAACAUCGAACUUAAAUGAGGAAUUAGGACAGGUGGACACAAUCUUAUCGGAUAAAACCGGGACACUGACUUGCAACCAAAUGGACUUUCUCAAGUGCUCCAUUGCUGGUAUUGCAUAUGGCACCCGUGCUAGUGAUGUAGAACUUGCUGCUGCAAAACAAAUGGUCAUGGAGGAGGGCGAAAAUGAUAGAAACGAACAUGGUUUUGAGGAAUCAGAAAUCCAAUUGGAGAAAGUUGUUACCUUGAAAGACGGGGAAGAUCCAAAACCUUCAAUGAAGGGGUUCAGCUUCGAGGAUAGCCGGCUUAUGAAUGGGAAUUGGUUUAAAGAACCGAACGAGAAUCUUAUUUUAUUAUUUUUCCGGAUAUUAUCACUUUGUCACACGGCAGUCCCGGAGCAAAAUGAAGAAACGGGGGUUUUCACUUAUGAAGCAGAAUCACCUGAUGAAGGCGCGUUCCUUGUUGCUGCUAGAGAAUUCGGUUUCGAGUUCUGUAGGAGAACACAGUCUAGUGUUUCUGUACGUGAGAGGUAUCCUUCCUUUCAAGAGCCUGUUGAAAGGGAGUUUAAAGUUCUCAAUCUGUUAGAUUUCACUAGCAAGAGGAAGAGAAUGUCUGUAAUUAUUCGAGACGAGAAGGGGCAGAUUCUUCUUUUCUGUAAAGGAGCUGAUAGCAUCAUCUUUGACCGGCUAGCUAAGAAUGGCAGAAUGUAUGAAGAAGCCACCAGAAAGCAUUUGAAUGAAUAUGGGGAGGCUGGGUUACGAACUCUUGCGCUUGCUUACAAGAAACUCGACGAGGCAGAAUAUUCUGCUUGGAAUGAAGAGUUUAUUAGAGCAAAAACAACACUCGGUAGCGACAGGGAUGCAAAUCUUGAGCGGAUUUCUGAUAAAAUGGAAAGGGAGUUGAUACUUGUUGGUGCCACUGCUGUUGAAGACAAAUUACAGAAAGGAGUGCCUCAGUGCAUUGACAAACUAGCCCAAGCUGGUCUGAAAAUAUGGGUUCUGACAGGUGAUAAGAUGGAGACUGCAAUUAAUAUAGGAUUUGCUUGUAGUUUGCUUCGACAGGGCAUGAAACAAAUAUGUGUAACAACGAAUGCCGACACACCGAUCCAACAGAAAGCUGCAAAGGAGGAUGUAUUACAGCAAAUUACCAAUGCAACACAAAUGACCAUACUCGAAAAGGAUCCGCAUGCUGCGUUUGCAUUAAUCAUUGAUGGCAAAACUUUGGCGUAUGCACUGGAGGAUGAUAUGAAGCAUCACUUCUUAGAUUUAGCAGUUCAUUGCGCGUCUGUUAUUUGUUGCCGAGUUUCACCCAAGCAAAAAGCCCUGGUUACAAGAUUAGUGAAAGAAGGAACCGGAAAAAUCACGUUAGCAAUUGGUGAUGGUGCGAAUGAUGUUGGUAUGAUUCAAGAAGCUGACAUCGGUGUUGGCAUCAGUGGAUGUGAAGGAAUGCAGGCUGUGAUGGCUAGUGACUUUGCGAUUGCACAAUUUAGAUUUCUGGAGAGGCUUCUCGUUGUACAUGGGCACUGGUGUUACAAAAGAAUUGCUCAGAUGAUUUGUUAUUUCUUCUACAAGAACAUUGCAUUCGGAUUGACAAUCUUCUACUUCGAGGCAUUUGCUGGUUUUUCUGGGCAGUCGGUGUAUGACGACUGUGGUCGAUUCAAGCACCUCAAGUCACUCUCCCUCACCCGGGUCUGCAUCCACAACGACACCCUCGAUCGGUUCAUCCUUCCCGGCUGCCCCCUUGUCGAGCGCGUGGAGCUCAUCUCGUGUUUCGCCCCGACGACCAUCCGGCUUAACCAUGGCUGCCUCGAGCACUUCCACUUUGAGGAGGCUCUCGCCAUGACAAGGCACCUAAACAAUCCGGCUUUGGAAAUCAUAUUCGAAGAUACUGUGCCAACCCUUGAGAGCAUCGAGAUCAAAGGCUUGAACAAUGCCAGGUGUAUCAACUACCCCACGUGCUUCCCCUUUCUCAGGUCCCUCUGCCUGGAUAACAUAUUCUUGCCCAUGGAGUCAUUCGAAAUCUCCUCUGCCGAUUUCCCUUGCCUCGAGCAAUUAUCAAUCAAGUCCUGCACGGGCUUCGAUACUUUCCGACUUGUGAACUGUUUGGUUCGUCACCUGACCAUUUGGGUCUCUCGUAAGCAGGUUCUUCGUGAAAUCAAGAUUGAUGCCCCUGUAUUAGAGGAGUUUGUUUAUCGACCUUAUGAUGCUGGGCCAAUCUCUUUUUCUGGAGAAACUUCGACUAAGAUGUGGAAAUCGAGUAUAAAUUACCUUAUGUUUAAUAUGGAUCGACUCGCCCAUUCGUCUCAGUGGUUUAUCGACCUCAGAAAGCUGCUCGAGGAAUUGAGCCGGUCAGAGAUUUGGAUGAGACUUCCAGUAUAUCAGUUGAAUCCUUUUGAACCGGUCAAUUUCGAAAAUCACCAUAGUCAUCAUAAUAAUAAUCCUGUGGUGGAGUUUGAUUACUUGGAGCUGUGUUUUAGUGGUGAUUCGCAUUCUUCGUUGAUAGCUUUCUUGAACUGCAUGCUUUGUUAUUGUCGUCCGAGGAACAUAUGUACGAUUUUUUAUGGAGGCACGGAGGAUAUCGUGGGUUUUGUGUGCUGA